CUACUCAAGCCACCUCUCCGCAUCUGAGGUAGGACGAAGCAGCAGUGCUCCGAGUACAGCGAAGACUCAGCCCAGAUUGCAAUCUAACGUCGUAUAAAUCCUCCAGUGAGAUGGAGAGACUAGAUACUCAAAUGGAACGCUAUCAGAGUCGCUAUCAUCUCUUUGAGUUUAUAUAUCGCAGAUAGUGCUUCCCGAAGAUCUCAAGAUGCGCUUUCUAUACAGCCGACUCCCUGUCCACAAAUCGAAUACAGAACGAGAUAAAGAAUACGAGGACGGUCCAGAACAGUCUCUUGAACCGCCACGGGUUUUCUGCAAGUGGCUACCGAUGUUUCUCAUCCUCUUGCUACUUACCAAUGCCAUAACACUGCUGGGCAGCCUCUACUGGGCAUCAUGGCGGGAGCUACGCUUCAAGGCCGAGUCACCGCUGGCUUACGCGCGGAUGCCGCAGUCACUCGAUACAGUCUUAGUGAGACAGGAAUUGAGGCUCGAUUCUCUCGCUCUCCACUAGCACGCAUAAGCCUGGCAACCAUGUCAAAUCCGAA